GUAAACAAAUCCACAUGUACACUACAGUCUCAGAGCUUUGGGUGACGAUAAGGCCAGGUGGGGUGUGGUGCAGUGUAUUGUGGCCAGCCUACCACUCACAGUCAAUAAGGAUGCCGAAAGCCCCAUCAGUAAAAAAGUGCCGUGUGCACAAGGAGGUAAGCCGUGUGAGCAUGAAGGCUGGGAUAAAAGGGGCAAAACCUGCAUCAAGUGCACCAGCACAAGGACUUGUCUUCAACACAGACUUAGGGCAACACAUCCUUAAGAACCCUCUCAUCAUCACUUCUAUGGUUGAAAAAGCUGGAUUAAAGACAACGGACACUGUACUUGAGGUUGGUCCGGGAACUGGAAAUAUGACUGUAAAGCUCCUGGAUCGAGUAAAGCGAGUGAUAGCAUGUGAAGUAGACUCGAGGAUGGUAGCAGAAUUACACAAGAGAUUCCUUUCUACUCCACUCCACUCAAAACUGGACAUUAGAAUUGGUGAUGUUCUUAAGGCCGAUCUCCCAACAUUUGAUGUGUGCGUGGCAAAUUUGCCUUACCAGAUUUCAUCGCCAUUUGUCUUCAAGUUAUUACUUCAUCGGCCAAUCUUCAGGUGUGCGAUACUUAUGUUUCAACAGGAAUUUGCCGAACGUUUAAUUGCCAGGCCUGGUGACAAGUUGUAUUGCCGACUAACUGUUAACACACAGUUGUUAGCCAAGGUAGAUCAUCUCAUGAAAGUUGGCAAGAAUAACUUCAGGCCCCCUCCUAAGGUGGAAUCAGCAGUGGUGAGAAUUGAGCCCAAGAAUCCUGUACCUAACAUUAACUUCUCAGAGUGGGAUGGUCUCCUCCGUAUUGUCUUUGUUAGAAAAAACAAAACACUAUCUGCUGCAUUCAAACAGUCUUCUGUAUUACAGACUUUAGAAAAAAAUUACAAAACUUGGUGUUCACUGAAGGAGAGGAAAAUCCCAGAUGAUUUCGUUUUGAAGGACAAAGUAGAAGAAAUUCUAAUUGAUGGACAGUUUCAUAAGAAACGUGCAAGGCAGAUGGAUCAAGAUGACUUCUUAGCAUUAUUACAUGCUUUUAAUAAAGAAGGAAUUCAUUUUGUAUAGGGUGUUAAAUAGUAUAUUGUAGGGAAUAUAUUUUUCUUGCCAUUUGAAAGGUCAACAAUAUUUUAAUGUUACAUAGAGAAUGUUAUUGAUUGACCAGCUAAAUUUGAAGUACCGGUAUGUAGCUAAUUUUGAAUUGUUGAGUAUGUGGGUCCCUGUCUCAUUUCCUCCUGACUCACUGAGGGUGUCUCUGUUUUUCAGACAUCUUGUUCUUUGAAUUCAGAAUGGGCUUAGAUAUAUUUUUAUAAGUAUACAUAUAUUUAAAUCAGUUGAAUGCCCAGUUGGAUGUUUGUUCAGACUAACAUCCCUUUAAUAACUUGCCUUUGGUAUAUGUUAUUUAUUUAGGUGAAUACAGUAUUCUAGUUGUCAAUGUAGGUAUUUAUGUGUUUUUAGAUCUUUGUAUUUAUUAGAGAAAAAAUGUAAAUAUAUUCGUGUUGCCAAAGUUGAGGACAAAUUUUUUCCCCAUUAAAGUGGCAUACUCAAAUUGCAUAGUCCCUCUUACAGGUAACUACAGCCACACCACCCAUGCCUGAGUUUGAAACAUCUUUAGAGGAAUACUCUAUAUUACCUGAAGUUCAGAAUUUAGCCUUUUCUGUUUUCCAAGUCUUAAGAUAAUUGUUUAAAGGUUUACACUGUCUGUGUCUGUCUUUGAAAAGAAUACACACUGUUAAUUUAUUUCUCGUAAAAAUUUGUCCAGUUCCUGGUGUAUUAGAAAAUUUUAUUGAGAAUAUUUUUUGCCCUCUUGUACCCCUACUAGGAUAGGAUCCCUAGACUUUCUGGUAGUCCUUUCUAGUCUCCUAAAUUAAAAGUAAAUGAGAAGGCUGCUAGUUUAAGUUGAAGUCUCCCUCCUAUUACCUAGAGAUAUAUAAUAUAUCCUCAAGGUCCUAUCCCUUAAGCCUUCUAAUAUUUAUCUAAAUAUUAUUUGAUAUAUCAUGAUGUCUUAAGCCAGAUGUUUGUAUAGUUUUGGGAAGGUAAAAUAGCUUUGCUUGGGGUGCAAAAACAUUGUUAUGUGUUUGUUUACCGAAUGAGGAUAGUUUAGACUUUUUGUGUUGUAGGUAUUUAUGUUACAAGUUGAUAUUGGUUCUAGUCAGAAUGGAAUUCAGUUUUGUGAUUCCACAUGUUAGUUCUUGGGCAUCAAAUCAUCAGACUAUAUUUUGUAGUAUAUGCAGUACACUGAUAUUUUGUAGUUUGAUUAUUUGAUGGCAAAGAAUGGGAGGUAAUGGUUCAGUGCGGUAACUGAUCCACAAGCGUUAGUAUGUCCUAUUUUAGGUAGCUAAUAACAUGAAGAAUCCUCAUAACUGUUAUUGUUAUAAGUACCAGCUUCUUGCAUAUUUGUUUAAACUGUAAUUGGCAUGUCUUUGAAAUGACUUGUAAGGUUUUUAACCCAAGAAUUUGUGAAUUUUGACCUUAAAUGUAAAGUAUGUAUUGUAUUGAGAUUUUUUAAUUAUGUAGUGAGUGGGCUUACAGGAAGUAAUACAGAUUAUUUAAACAUA